AGGACUCAGUGAUCCAAGUUAGGAGCUCUCAGCUGCCAGCCCUGGCCCAUCAUGUAAGUGCUGCGGAGGAUUCUUUGCAGCGCAUUUGCAGAAAUUAGCGCUUCUCCCGACGCCUGCGGGGCCGUGCAUCCGUCCCGGCGCUCCGUGCACGGACACGCACGCUUCGGACGCACGAAGGCUCCAAGUGCAUGAAGAUCGAGGCUCGUGUUUUGCAUCUUUGUUGCAGCAGCGAGCCGCUGAAGCUCCAGUGCGCCGAUGGAGGGAGGGAGCGAGAAAGAAGGCAAAGUCUUUUGUGCUUCCCCUCCCCCCCAUCAGAGCAGAGGGGAAAUGUCUCAGGCGAAGGGAGGUAGGAGGAAGCCGGGGCUCAGGCUCCCCCAGGAGGCGUUUGAGCAGCGACCUUCUGCACCAGUACCUCCCAGAGAUUUGGAUUCUAAAGCUUGUGUAACGAUCGGAGAAAAGAACUUCGAGGUGAAGGCCGAUGACCUGGAGCAGAUCUGCGAGCUCGGCCGAGGAGCUUAUGGGGUCGUGGACAAGAUGAGGCACGUGCCCAGUGGACUGAUCAUGGCCGUGAAGCGGAUUCGGGCCACAGUGAACACUCAGGAGCAGAAGAGGCUGCUGAUGGACCUGGACAUCUCCAUGAGGACGGUGGACUGUUUCUACACCGUCACCUUCUACGGAGCUCUAUUCAGAGAGGGCGACGUGUGGAUCUGCAUGGAGCUGAUGGACACGUCGCUCGACAAGUUCUACAAGCAGGUGAUCGAGAAAGGCCUGACCAUCCCCGAGGACAUCCUUGGAAAGAUCGCCGUCUCAAUAGUAAAAGCUUUGGAGCAUCUGCACAGCAAUCUGCAAGUCAUUCACAGAGAUGUGAAGCCCUCCAACGUCCUCAUCAACACACAAGGUCAGGUGAAGAUGUGCGACUUCGGCAUCAGCGGCUACCUGGUCGACUCCGUGGCUAAAACCAUGGACGCCGGCUGCAAACCCUACAUGGCGCCGGAGAGGAUCAACCCUGAGACCAACCAGAAAGGCUACAACGUCAAGUCUGACAUCUGGAGUUUAGGAAUCACGAUGAUCGAACUCGCCAUCCUGCGCUUCCCCUUUGACUCGUGGGGAACGCCUUUCCAGCAGCUGAAGCAGGUGGUGGAAGAACCUUCACCCCAACUUCCUGCCGACCAGUUCUCUGCCGAGUUUGUGGAUUUCAGCUCUCAGUGCUUAAAGAAAGUUUCCAAAGAGCGGCCGACUUACACAGAACUCAUGCAACAUCCUUUCUUCACCUCCCACGAGGCCAAAGAGACGGACGUGGCCAGCUUUGUGAAGGUCAUCCUGGGGGACUGAGCUGCAGCUCUCAGCCGGAGGAGGGAGGAUCCGCUGGAGAAGAAAAAAUACCACAAAGAAAAAGCACCGACAAAGCAGCCCCUGCUACCUGCAGGAGUCCUCCCACCUGUUGGUCCACCUGCCUGCAUCACCUGACCCGGUGGGCGGAGCGUCAGUAAUCUGGAAUCAUUACCUGUAUGCAAAAAGCUCCCUCUGAUUAGAUCCGCUCAGCUCUGAAGCCUCCUGAACCGAGUGGUUUGUGCUGCGGAGGUUCAGGCGAUGUGCCGACGAUAUAGUGCUCUCUGUGUAUAAUCUAAAUGUUUGCGUACUCCAAGCAACAUGUUGCAUCAGAUUAUUAAUUGACUGCAUGUACAGAGUUUAUCUGUGGGUAGAAACGGGCUCAGACAGCCAGUGAGGAGCAGCUGUAGACUUCAGGGCCCCCUGGUGGUCACACACAGGUACUGCACUGCACUGCUUUAUCCCUGGUUCCUGCCCAGGUCACGUUUUGGGCUCUUUGUGCUGCCUGAGUGUGUUACAGUGUGUUACAGUGUGCGCGAGCUGAUGCGUGAUUAACGUGUGUUUGUGAGGCUGCUCAGCUCUGGAGGCAAUUUUUGGCAAAAAAAGACACUUUUGUGGAACGUUUUUUGGAUUAAAUUGUGACAGAUUAAGCUGUUCUUCUUCACUGUGGCUCAUUUUUGCUUCAGAAUAAAGUCCUGCACCUCUAUGGAAACAGAAAAAAGGAGGAGAGAACUCAGAAAUGUUUUAGAAUUACAAAAAUACUGAAAACAACCUGAAGAAGUUGAAUUAUUUAUUUUGCAAACAUUGAAAGAAAACUGAAAUCAACACAUUUCCACAGUUGUUACCAAUAAUGGAACACAGUUACACCACCACAUAUUUAGAUAUUUCACUAUUUAUAUUCUAACUACUCUGCUCAUCGUCCAGAAAGAUAUUUCACCAUGCUGAAUCUAUUUCCAACAACUUCCUCCUCUGUUCACUGUUUGUGAACCACGCUGAGUUUACUUAAUUGAUCCAGUAUGUCGUCUCCUCUCUGCUGCAGUUCAUCAGAAAACUCCCUGAAUUUUUGUCAUAAAACUGUCACUCACAGCUGACUCAGUCAUGGCUUCAAAUUUGCACAAAUGGACUAAGAAUCUUUUUUUUCACAGAAUCUGUUUUGAGAAAACGGUUUCUUUGGUGAAUUUUUGAUUCAGAUUAAAUAUCCUGAUUAUCAGGUUAAUUUUUUUAAGUUUCCCACUAGAUGUUUUGAUUAAGCUCUGCCUGACGUUUCAAAAUCCAGUAAGUCUCUAUCUCUUUUUUUCUACAGUUUCUGGCUCUGAUUAAUCAUUUUGUCAUUUUUUUCAGAGACAGGCUUUUCAAACCAACACAUCUUUAACUAAUAUGUGGUUUUAGUUCUUGAUGCAGUUUUUGCACUCACAUUUUUGCGGAUUUUUUCCCCUCUGAGCGUGUUGGGUUUAAUGCAUCUCCUCAUUCUGUCUAAAUCUGUGAUGUUUUAUUCAGAAAUUCUGUUGGAUUCUCUGAUUUCUUUGAUUCCAACUCAGAUUUUUCAGUCUGAAGUUGCAAAAUCACAUGAAUCACGUGAGGCCGAUGUUACAGAGGAGCUGCAAGACAGAAUUGCGACAGCUCUGAGAACCACAAACAUUUCAGAAUGAUUUCUGUUCAUAGCUCGGCUCUGGAGGCAGUUUUUAUUCUCCAAGUGGAGUUACAAGAAGAUUUUUUUUCUGGCAGCAUAUUUGGAUGAAAUUUUCCUUCUGCAGCCUCGUAAUUCUGAGAACGAGUCGGGUUUAAUUCAUCAGAUUAAACUCAUGCAGAGUUGUCAGAAAAUGUAGGUGGAUUCAUUGAUUUUGCUUGAGUUGAACUCAGUUUUUUUUCCUCUGAAGUUGCACAAACGUGCACAGAAAUUGUAAGACAAAAUUGAGACGUAGCCCUGAAGACGGACGUGACUAAAAGUCAUUUUUUUCUCUCAGAAGCUGCAAAAAUCCGCACACAGAGGCUACAAGACAAAAUUGAGACGCAGCCUUGUGAGCCACAAGGUUCAGGAUGCAGCUUUUUAUUCAUGAAAUUAUUCUCCUGCAGCCUCGUCAUGCCUCUGAGAGCGAGUCAGGUUUAAUUCAUCUCCUUGUUUCGUCCAGAUUCAGAAAGUUUUAGUCACAAAUUAUGUUGGAUUCUUUGAUUUCUGUGAUUCUAACUCAGUUUUUUCACUCUGAAGUUAUAAAAACACGUGAGUCUGAUGUUGCAGAGGAGCCGUGCAGCCCUGCAAACCACAAACACAUUAUUAAGGGUGUGUGUGUGUGUGUGUGUGUGUGUGUGUGUGUGUGUGUGUGUGUGUGUGUGUGUGUGUGUGUGUGUGUGUGUGUGUGUGUGUGUGUGUGUGUGUGUGUGUGUGUGUGUGUGUGUGUGUGUGUGUGUGUGUGUGUGUGUGUGUGUUGUCGUCUGCUCUGAGCCAAUCACUACCUUCUCCACUCUGCGUUGGACAGGAAAGGAACUGGACGUUGUUGCUCUUCUUCUCUUAAUAUUCUCUGAAUCCUUGUUGUUGUUAUUAUUUACUCCAGACGUGUUUCCUGCAGUUCCUCUUAUUUAUUGCGACUGCUGUUCCUCCUUUGGAAACUUGAUGCUCCAUUAGAGACUCUUGUAUGUGCGUUUAUGUUUUUUGUCGUGUUCUUCUUGGCUCCAGACGCUUUGAAACGGUAACUUGCCAGCCUUCUAUGUGCCUCUCUAUAGAAAAGGAGGAAUCCUGUGAUCAGGACGACCAGGGAUCAGCUCCUCCUCUCCACGCUGCAUGGCAUCACCUCUCCACUUCCUGUCCACUUCCUGUCCACUUCCUCCUCACUCUGCAGCGUUUUUUUCUUGUCUUUUCGUCCGUUGUUGCCUUUUGGUUCUCGAUUUUUUUUUUUUUUUUUUUUUUUUUUUUUCUCAUGACGGUUUCUGAGGGCAGAAAGUGUCAAAGUCCAGCCUUUAUGCAAGAACUGCUCUAAUGUCAAAACGGGAAACUUGAAAUGUUACUUGGCAGAAUGGCAGGUUAAAGUCACACUCGGACAGUUUAAAUCAACUUCUUGCCUUUUUAAUGUUUUGUUGCUGAUUGUUUCUUGAUAUUUCUGCUUUUUUUGUUCACCUGUAGUCGUUUUUUGUUGAGUUUUGGUCACUUAAAGUGCAUUAAAGUUAAUUAAAGGCUCAAUCUGUGCUCCAAACAUGGAUCAAAACCAUCUGUUUGGACCCUCGCAUGAAUUAAAAUAGAUGCAAAAUUCACCAAACAGGUGCAAAUGAACUCAAAAUGAUGUAAAAUGGUCCCAAAAAGACAGAAAAUUACCAUGAAGAGAGGAAAAAAAAGAUUCAAAAAGACACAAAAUGGUUCCUAGGAAAUGGAAACGCACCAAAAACACCUGAAACUUCUAAAACGAGACACAAAAUGUCCACAUUGAGAUACAAAUUUGCCACAAAAUGAUUGGAAUUGAAUAAAAAGUGACACAAAAUGACAGCAGAUGCAAAACCAAUGCAAAGAUAUGAAACGACCAUUACAAGGUGUGAAAUAACCAAAAAGGGACACAAACGUACAACAAAACUGCUGUUUUCUGCUUUUUUGUCCAUUUCAAAUUGUUUUUUGGUUGAGUUUUGGUUGUUUAGGCUGUUAAAGCUACUUUAACACUUCAUCUGUGACUUACUUUUAAGCUUGGAUUUUGUUAAUUUUUCCGAUUAGGCCACAAACCUCACAUGAUUAGAAAAAGUCAAAGAUUUUUUUCAGUUUUUACAGUUUCAGGCUUUGAUAAAUGGGGUAAUUAUUUGAAGUUUUUUAAGCUAACAUGCUUCUAAAACCUACUGGUGGUUUUCAGAGGGUUAAAAAGUUUCAUGUUAUAUUUACAGAAUCUGGUUGAUUUUUGGCAAAUGUAGUUGAUUUUGAUAAUAAAAAUGUCACAAUUUUAAGCUCGCAUUUGGUUAAUUUUCCUGAUGGAACGAAACAUUUUGCAUAAUAAAGACUGUCUGGAAAUGGGAAAAUCAACAUUUUUUUAUAGUUUCUAGCUCUGAUAAAUGGGGUAAUUUCUGUGAUUUUUUUAAAAUUAUUUUUGAACAAUAUCUCGCUUCUCAAAGCUGCUGCAGUUCAGAGGGUUAAAAUGAUUCAUGUUUCAUUUCUGUGACUCCUGACUCAACAAAAACAUUAAUAAGAAGGUUAAAGUAAACCCGACGUGUCCUUUAGCUGCUCCAGAACCUCAUGGUUUUGUUUCUGUGACUCUUCAUGUCUCCGUUGACUCGUAUUGACUUUUCAUUGAGGACAGAGUCACGUCCAGUCAGUCGUCUCUUCCUGUCCGACCCGCUCACUGUCUAUCUUUAUAAACCGUCACCGAGUUAAACGGGGGUUUUUCUUGCAUGUUCAUGUGGGAUUUCCCGUCCUCCAGUCUAUUUGUGUCUUUUCUCACCUGCUGAGUAAAGCUGCGUUGCCGGGGGUUACCAGGGCAGGACGUCCGAGUGGAAACUGACUAUUUUCACAUCCCAUCACUGUUCCUCUGAGUUUUUCCCACCGCCGGCACGUAUCUCUGCAUGAGGAGGUUUUACUGGAUGUGGAGGUGAGAAUCAGAGGAAACUUCUAGAAGCUUCAGACGGUUUUAUUUGGUUCUUUCUGUUGCACAUUUCUCCAAUCAUCCAUGACUUGUGACUCGGUGGAGCUUGGUGUUUCUCUGGUUCAGCGCUGGUCUCCUCAGCUCUACGUGAUUCUGGUGUUGCGCUGUCGUGUUCUUCUUUGAUUCAGGGCGGGGGGGGGGACCCAGAGAUGCUACUGUACGUGGACGACGGGCUCUUAUUGGUUGCCGUCGGGUGGGUUUUCGGGGAGGGUUGCCGCGGCGACGGUGCCGGGCCCCGUGGGAAGUAAAGUUCUCAGUAUAUUUCCACGUCUCUUUAAGCCUCUGCUAAAGACUGAUGACUGUUCAUUUAGAGCUCAAUGAAUUUCUAUAAAUAUUUUAGAUUGCUCAAACUGAUUGUGUGCAAUUGUAAUGAUGGAAAUUCAAUAAAAAAAAGAGGUAUUUUUACACAA